AUGCUGGAGGUUCAAUCCAGGAUUCAAAGUCAACCAUUCAACAAGGUCAUAAAAGAUCAAGCUUCCAAAGAAGAAGAUCCAAAAACUUUAACCUUCAAAACUAACUUAACAAACCAAAAUACCAAAGGAAUUUUAAACCUUCCAACAGAAUUAAUCACUUUGAUUGGUAUACAUUUAUGUCUGAAUUCAUCAAGGACUAAAAGUUUGAAAGACAAAACUCAUCAUCAUCAUCAUCAAAGACAAAGAAUGAAUCUUGAUCAUUUAGAAUUUGAUAAUUUAGUCAACUUUGGUAAAACUUGUAAAACUUUACAUUUGAUAUGUGAAAGGAUUUAUCAAAAACAAUUCAUCAUUAAUCUACCCAUCAAGAAUAGACAUCAUUUAAAAAAUUAUUUUAUUUCAUCUAGAUCAUUUUAUACUAGGAAUGGAUUAAGAAGAAGAGAUUGUCGAGAAGAAGAAGAAAAAUUGAUUUUGCAGACCAUUGAUCAACUUGAUAAGCUUUCAAACCAAUGGAAAGGUAUUGAAAAUGUAAAUUGGGUUUAUAUUACCAAUCAAUCCUAUCAAAGAUUAAAAGAAUCAAACCAUUUUUUAAAUUUAAUGUUUUCAACCACUAAAUUGAUUAAAUCAUUUAAUAAUCUAAGGUAUUUAUGUUUAGAUAAAAUCAAUGAUGAAAUGAUUUUAAAUCUCUUAGAAGAAGGGAUUAAUGAAAAUCUAGAAUCAUUAACUAUUAAUCUACCUCAAACUGAUCAUCAGUAUACCAAAGAUGGCAGUAUACAAAAUCUUGAUCAAAGGAUUAAAAAAAUCAAUGUUUUAAAAUCACUUAAAGCUUUACAAAUUAAUGAGAUCCAACCUAAUUGGAUUGACUUGAUUAAUCAAACACAUCAACUUCAUUCACUUUCAUUACAUAUUAGUGAGUUUAGUAGUUUGAUCAUUAGUGAACUUGAUCCAAAAUCAUCAAUUAAGAAUUUAGAAAUCUUAGGUGGAUUAAGGUCACCUGAAAGUAGUAAAAGAUUAUUGAUGGCUAUUGGGGAAAAGUUUUCAAGGAUUGAGGUGUUUAGAUUUGGAAUGCAUUUUAGAGAUCAAUAUGAUGAAAAUGAAAAGAUCUUAAAGGUGGAUUCAUCCAAUUUAAUUUCAAAAUUAACUGAAUUAAAACAAUUCAUAUUCAAUCAUGCAGAUGCACCUAUCCCACUAAAUUUUUCAAACCCUGGGCUUAAUGAUCAAGAUGAAAAUGAACAAAAUAAAUUUCAAAGAUGUUUUGAUUAUUCUAAACCUUAUUUUGAGAAAUCUAAACAAUUAGAAGAAUUAAUUUCAUUUGAUUUUUCUGAUAGGUUAACUAAUACAGGUAUUAUGGCAAAGAGAAGAACUCAUUCAUCAGAAGUUCAUCAUAGAUUUAAAUUACAAAAAAAUCUAGGAUGGGAAUCAAGACUUGAGGAUGAAGGAAAGAAAUGGAAUUCUAAGACUAUGGGAUACAAUUCUGAAGAUGGAAGUAGUGAUGCUAUACCAAUCUCAAUGUACGAAAUCAAUAAUAUUAAGGAAUCUAUACUUUUACCAUUUCAGUCUAGAUGGACAAGGCUAGGAGAUUGA